CCGGAGCACAACCCCCGUGCGGCGCGGAGGGAUACAGUCCGCUGCGCUACUCCAGGCUGCCAGCGGUGAUGAACUUUUCAAAAAGUUUGCUCUGAAGUUUGGAGACGCGGGAUCGGGGGUUCGAACCGAGGGUUCUCCCGGCGCUUUGUCUUUUAAAACAAAAAGUGUAUAAAAUUCCAUCCCCUCCUUUCCCCAUGAUCACAAAGAAAUCCCGGGCUACACGUUUGGACGGAUGUAUAAGUUAAACGAGGAAUCGGAGAAAAUCUCGGAACUUUAAAACUGCGAGCAAUGGGGGAUUUAAAACUCUGGAAUUUACUUUGGGGAGUCUGUUUGACGGCGCUUUGUGAAGCCCUGCAGUGCCAGGAUAAUCACCGUCCAUGUGAGAACAGCGGGCAGUGUAUCAGGAGCCUACACGGGGAUGCGUCGUGUCUAUGUCGGUCUGGUUUUAUUGGGAAUUUGUGCCAGUUUCCUGAUCCUUGCCAAAGGUCACCCUGUCUAAACGGAGGGAUAUGCGGCAGUUUGGUGUUGGACGGCGCGGCUCGGUACACCUGCACGUGCACUCGAGGGUUCAGAGGAGAGGACUGCUCGCAGAUCGAUGCGUGCGCCGCCAGCCCGUGUGCCAACGGUGCCCGCUGCACCAACUGGAACAACCGUUACAACUGCAGCUGCCCGCCGGGCUACAACGGCAAACACUGCCGCACAGACAUCGACGAGUGCAGGGCGCCCGACCUCUGCAAGAACGGAGGGGUGUGCGCCAAUGCCCCGGGCACGUACCGCUGCCAGUGCCCGCCCGGCUACACCGGGCGCCAGUGCGAAAGCACCUACAUCCCCUGCGCCCCAUCACAGUGCCAGAAUGGUGGCACCUGCCGGCAGACUGGUGAUCUGACCUACGAGUGCGCCUGUUUGCCAGGUUUUGAAGGGCAGAACUGUGAGAUUAACAUUGAUGAUUGCCCCAAGCACAACUGCAGGCACGGUGGAACCUGCAUAGAUGGGGUAAACACCUACAACUGCCAGUGCACACCUGAAUGGACAGGCCAGUUCUGCACAGAGGAUGUGGACGAAUGCCACCUGCAGCCCAACGCGUGCCACAACGGCGGCACCUGCUUCAACACGCUCGGCGGCCAUUCCUGCGUCUGCGUCAAUGGCUGGACCGGCGACGACUGCAGCGAGAACAUCGACGACUGCGCCACCGCAGUCUGCUUCCACGGUGCCACCUGCCACGACCGCGUGGCGUCCUUCUUCUGCGAGUGCCCUUCCGGGAGGACAGGUUUGCUGUGCCACCUUGAAGAUGCUUGUGUGAGCAAUCCAUGUCAUGAAGGGGCCAUCUGUGACACCAACCCAGUGAACGGAGAAGCCAUCUGCACCUGUCCCUCGGGAUUCUCCGGACCUGCUUGUAAUCAGGAUGUGGAUGAGUGUUCAAUAGGGGCCAAUCCCUGUGAACACUUUGGGAAGUGCGUGAAUACUGAGGGCUCCUUCCAGUGUCAGUGUGGGAACGGGUACACGGGCCCCCGCUGUGAGACGGACAUCAACGAAUGCUUAUCCAUGCCCUGCCAGAAUGAUGCAACCUGCCUGGACCGCAUCGGAGAAUUCACCUGUAUCUGUAUGCCAGGUUUCAAGGGGAUCUACUGCCAGAUCGACAUAGACGAGUGUGAGAGUAAUCCAUGCGUCAACAAUGGUGCAUGUACAGAUAUCGUCAAUGGCUUCGUCUGCAAGUGCCCUUCAGGCUUCAGUGGGGCGAUGUGCCACGUUGACAUUGACGAAUGUGCAAGCACUCCCUGCCAGAAUGGGGCCAAGUGCAUCGACAGACCCAAUGGAUACGAAUGCAAAUGUGCAGAGGGAUUCGAGGGGAAGGUGUGCGAGAGGAAUAUCGACGACUGCAGCCCCGACCCCUGCCACCAUGGCACCUGCAGCGACGGCAUUGCCAGCUUCACCUGCCACUGCGAGCCCGGGUACACCGGCUACCGCUGCGAGAACCAGAUCAACGAGUGCCACAGCAGCCCCUGCCAGAACUCGGGCAAGUGCAUGGAUCUGGUGAACAAGUACAGCUGUCACUGCCUGCAGGGAACCUCAGGGGUCAACUGUGAGAUCAACCAUGACGACUGUGCCAGCCAGCCUUGUGAUUACGGCAUCUGCAAGGAUGGCAUCAACCGCUACGACUGCACCUGCAAACCGGGCUUCAUGGGCUCGCAGUGCAACAUCGAGAUCGACGAGUGUGCAUCGGGUCCGUGCCAGAACGGGGGCACCUGCAUCGACGGCGAGGACAGCUUCUCCUGCCUGUGCCCCGAGGGCUACCACGACCCCCUGUGCUACUCCGAGGUGGACGAAUGUAGCAGCAGCCCCUGCGUGCACGGGUCGUGUCACGACGACAUCAAUGGGUACAAGUGUGACUGCGAAUCGGGAUGGACUGGGGUGAACUGUGGCAUUGACAAGGACGAGUGUCACUCCAACCCGUGCCAGAAUGGAGGGAGCUGUUCUGACCUGGUGAAUGGAUACAUCUGUAAAUGCAAGGAGGGCUUUCGAGGCCAGCACUGCCAACUCAAUGUCAACGAUUGUGCCUCGAACCCAUGCUUGAACAAAGCAGUGUGCGUGGAUGGGAUUGCUAGUUACUUCUGCCAGUGUGAGCUGCCUUAUACAGGAGAAAACUGUGAGAACGUCCUGAUUCCCUGUUCUCCCAACCCGUGUGGGAACGGCGGCUUCUGUGACCACACCCCUGACUACGAGGGCUUUGUGUGCACCUGCGUUGACGGAUGGCAAGGUCGGAUCUGUCAAGUGGACGUUGAUGAGUGUGUAUCCAACCCUUGCAAGAAUCGAGGCAGCUGUACCAACACGUUGGGAAGCUACAUCUGUGCGUGUGGGCCAGGCUUUGCAGGCCACAACUGUGAGACUGACAUCAACGACUGCUAUCCAAAUCCCUGUGUGAACGGAGGCUCGUGCCACGACGGCGUCAACUCGUUCGUCUGCAGCUGCCUGCCCGGAUUUGCGGGCGCCCGGUGCUCGGACGAGGUGAACGAGUGCGAGAGCAGCCCCUGCCGCAACGGGGGCACCUGCGCCGAUUACGUCAACAGCUACACCUGCCGCUGCAAGGCUGGCUUCAAUGGACUACACUGUGAGAACAACAUUCAGGACUGCACGGAAAGCUCCUGCUUCAACGGAGGGUCCUGCACAGACGGCGUUAACACGUACACCUGCCACUGCCGCGCCGGUUUCGCCGGCUCCAAUUGCCAGCACGACAUCGAUGAGUGUGAUUCACAGCCGUGUCUGAAUGGUGGGGUGUGUGUGGACGGGCUGGAGUCAUACAGGUGUACCUGUCCCCAAGGCUACACUGGGGAACGGUGUCAGGUGGGCAUGGACUGGUGCAGCCGGUUCCCCUGCAAGAACGGCGGGCGUUGCCGGGUGACCGGGCUGUCCUUCGUCUGUGAGUGUGCGAGCAGCUGGACUGGGCACUACUGCGACAUCCCCAACGUGUCCUGCGAGGCAGCUGCAUUGGAGAGAGGAGCGGCCGCCAACCAGCCUUGCAAUCACGGCGGCACGUGCUUCAACACUGGGAACACACAUUACUGCGUUUGCCCCAAGACCUACACUGGCAGCUACUGCGAGACUGAGGUAGACCUGUGUUCCUCCGGCCCGUGUCACAACGGCGCCACCUGCAGGAGCUUCAUCGGGAGCUACAGAUGUGAGUGCACGCCGGGCUACAAGGGCAAGACCUGCAAGGUGGAGGUGAACGAAUGUGAGUCCAACCCAUGCCAGAACGGAGGCACCUGCCUGGACCUGAUCGGCCGUUACAUCUGCUCCUGCCCUCCGGGAACUCUAGGGGUACUGUGCGAGAUUAACGAAGACGACUGCGGCCUGUCUCCGCACACCAACGCGCCCAAGUGUAUGAAUAACGGGACCUGCGUGGAUAGAAUCGGGGGCUACACCUGCAGCUGCCCCCCGGGGUUCACCGGCCAUCGGUGCGAAGGCGACAUCAACGAGUGCCUGUCGAGCCCGUGUAAUGUGCAGACCACCAUCGAUUGCAUCCAGUUGCCCAAUGACUACCUGUGCGUCUGCAAGCAUGGCUUCACAGGCCGCCACUGCAAGAGCGUGGUCAACAUGUGCGACUCGCAACCCUGUCAGAAUGGAGGCCACUGCAAAGUCACUGUCAACACCCCCCUCGGCUACACCUGCAAGUGCCAGCUGAGCUACACCGGGCCCAACUGCGAGCGCAGCGUCCUGACCUGCCGUAGCCUGGUGUGCCGGAGCAGCGAGCUGUGCAUCGAUACCCCUCUGGGUGCCCGCUGCCAACCGCAGCCCAGCACCGGCACCAACGCCACCUGCUCCAGCCGCCCCUGCCGCAACGGCGGGCUGUGUAGGCCGGUCCGCCAGCCCCCCUUCUACCACUGCCUGUGCCCCAAGGAGUUUGGAGGGCGGCACUGCGAGAUUCUCCGGGGGUACACCCCGCCGCUCAAGGAGCCGCCGUGCCCCCUGGCGGAGUGCCAGCGCAAGGCUGGCGAUGGCGAGUGCGACCGACAGUGCAACACCCACAGCUGCCUGUGGGACGGCGGGGACUGCUCACUCUCUGUCGACAACCCCUGGAAGGAGUGCAGCUUCCAGCACUGCCGGAGCAACUUCAACAACAACGUCUGCGACGAGAGCUGCAACACACACGAGUGUCUCUACGACAACUUCGACUGCCAGAGCCAAGAGCGCGCAUGCAACCCGUUGUACGAGAAGUACUGUGCAGACCACUACGCGGACCAGCACUGCGACCAGGGCUGCAACAACGAGGAGUGUGGCUGGGACGGGCUGGACUGUGCGUCGGACGUGCCAGCGCGCCUGGCCGAGGGCACCCUCAUCGUCAUUGUGCUGCUGCCCCCCGACCAGCUGCUCCAGAGCAGCGCCAACUUCCUGCAGAAGCUGGGCUCCAUCCUGCGCGCCACCCUACGCUUCAAGAAGGACAGCAGCGGCCAGUAUAUGAUCUACCCCUACUACGGCGCCAGCUCCCGGAUCGGCAAACGCUCGGCCCCCCCUAGCCGGGCCCGGCGCGAGCAGGAACAGAAGGUCAUCGGGUCCAAGGUGAGCCUGGAGAUCGACAACCGUCUGUGCCUGCAGGCGACUGGCGAAUGCUUCCCAACGGCAGAGAGCGCUGCUGCCUACAUCGGGGCCCUGUCUACAGUGGGCAGCCUACACUUCCCCUACCCCAUCAAAGAUGUCGACAGCGAACAGCUGCCACUGCCGGCGGCCCCCAUGAACCUCCUGCCACUGAUGAUCGUGGCUGCCGUCAUCCUCACCGUCAUCCUCAUCCUGGGCGUGCUGGUGGCCCGGCGCAAGCGGGAGCAGAGCCUGCUCUGGUUCCCCGAGGGAUUCACCCUGAAGAAGGACAACAGCAACAAGAACCGUCGCGAGCCGGUGGGACAGGAUGCCCUGGGAAUGAAGCACAUCUCCAAAUCGAUGGUGGAGGAGGGUCUGAUCAGUGAGCGAGACCUACAGACUGGGCAGUGGCUGGACACGGAAUGUCCUGAGGCAAAGAGGCUUAAGGUGGAGGAACCCAGCACCCUGUCGGAUAGCGAGGAUGCGGUCGACUGUCGCCAGUGGACACAACAUCACCUUGCGGCAGCGGACAUCCGCAUGCCUCCCUCCAUGGCCCUGACCCCACCUCAGGGAGAGUUUGACUCGGACUGCAUGGACGUGAAUGUCCGAGGCCCAGAUGGUUUCACUCCGCUGAUGCUGGCAUCCUACUGCGGUGGGGGACUGGACACAGGCCUGGCGGAGGAGGAGGAGCAGGAGGACUCGUCUGCCAACAUCAUCUCCGACCUCAUCUACCAGGGUGCCAACCUGUGCGCCCAGACGGACCGGACGGGCGAGACGGCCCUGCACCUUGCCGCCCGCUAUGCCCGCGCUGACGCUGCCAAACGGCUGCUGGACGCCGGGGCAGACGCCAACGCCCAGGACAACACCGGCCGCUCUCCCCUGCACGCGGCUGUUGCGGCCGAUGCACAAGGAGUCUUCCAGAUAUUAAUAAGAAACCGAGCCACGGACCUGGAUGCGCGUAUGGUUGAUGGUUCCACCGCCCUGAUUCUGGCGGCCAGGCUCGCUGUGGAGGGAAUGGUGGAGGAGCUAAUAGCCUGCCAUGCUGAUGUCAACGCUGUUGAUGAGAUAGGUAAAUCAGCACUGCAUUGGGCUGCAGCCGUCAACAAUGUCGACGCCACUCUGGUCUUACUGAAGAAUGGAGCCAACAAGGAUAUGCAGGACAGCAAGGAGGAGACGCCGCUCUUCCUGGCUGCCCGGGAAGGAAGCUUCGAGGCGGCCAAGAUGUUGCUGGACCACUUUGCCAACCGGGACAUCACAGACCACAUGGACCGCCUGCCCCGGGACAUUGCGCAUGAGCGGAUGCACCACGACAUCGUUCAGCUCCUGGACGAGUACAACGCCGUGCGCAGCCCCCAGGGUCUGGGCGGCCACACCAUGUCCCCCCUCAUGUGCCCGCCCAACGGCUACAUGGGCAACCUCAAGCAGACUCCCCAAGGCAAGAAGGCUCGGAGGCCGAGCUCCAAGAACCUGGCUUCCGGGAACUCGGGCAACAUGGCCAAGGAGUUGAAGGAGGCGAAGGCGAGGAACAAGAAGUUGAGUUUGGACUGCCAGGCCUCUCUGAUGGAAAGCUCCAUCACCUUAUCUCCUGUGGACUCCUUGGAUUCGCCGCGUGCCUACAUUGCCAAUCCCACCUCCCCGGUCAUGACUUCCUCGGGAAUCCUGCACCCUGCCAGCUCCUUGUCGGUCCUGGCUGGGACUCCCGUCAACGGCAUCCUGGAGGGUCCCUUCACCGUGUCUUUGGCCAGCCUAGGUGAGCUGGCGGGCCAGAACGCCACCAUUUUGUCCAUGAGCCGCAUGCAGCCACGGCUCUCCAUGGCCGGUCAGGCCAACUGCCUCCUGAAUGCCGGCAGCUUGGGUCUCAACGUGGGCAUGGUCAGCCCCAUCACCGCCGUGCCCUUCGAGUGGCAACCCAGGAUGCCCAGUGCCGUGCAGCAGCCCGCCGCGCCCCAGGGGAACAUGCGCCAGGGGCUGGCGCUGCAGGCCCACCGGCAGCAGCUGAUCGCCGGCCAGCCCAGCCCGGUCAAGCUGCAGAACCCGGCCGAGCAAGCUGCCAGCGGGCAGCCCAGGUGCCUCCCUCCAGCCACCGGCCAGCAGGGCAUGCUGCGGAGCGAGAUGGGUCGGAUAGUGGACCGCCCGCCACUGGAGGCGCCACCUCCACAAGCCCCCGUGCCCGCCUUCUUCAAGCAACACAGUAACCCCACCACGGAGGACUAUCUGCCUCCCACCUCCAAACACGGCUACACGGCGGGCCGCGACAGCGCCCCCAAACAUUACCUCCACAUGAAGAACGAGCACCCGUACCUAACACCAUCACCAGAGUCACCCGAACAAUGGUCCAGCCCUUCUCCCCACUCCAUGUCCGACUGGUCAGACUCUACCCCCAGCCCCACCAUCAUGGGACACCAGCCCCAAAUGCAGCAUAUGGCUGACCAAGUAACCAAAAUGCAGGUUUUUGCAUAAAACUCCCCGUUCUGUCCUUUUUCUUCUUAUUUUGUCUCGAAAGGAAAGGAUCGGAUCUAUAGGAUGUUAGGACCCUGGGCUGCUGUUGGCUUUCAUCUUGCAAUUUCUCCUCUCAUUAACUACAAAGAGACACGGGCGGGAAGAAACUAGUUCUGCAGUGGACACUGGCGGGAUCUCCGACGGCAAUCGCCUUUUGAAAUUCAUUCUUUCUUUAUAAAAAAAAAACACAUUUCCAAGACGGGAGGAUUUUGGCCUCACUGCCUGUUGAAGCUACUGAAUUGAAGGAGGGGUUUACAAGAUAUUGCAGCCUGUUACAUUCCUUAUCACUCUUGCCGAAGGUCGAAAAAGCCUUCACCGUCAAACCCUCUCUCCCCACCACCCUUCCCCACUCUGCUGCUGGGCUCUCUGGACUUUACCUGCCUAUUGAUGGUGACAUGACUAAUGCCAGACUAUCCAGGGCCAUCUCCGAACUCUCGUUUUGCCCCAGGCGAUCGAUCACCCAUGGCUGCCAUAUCCCACUGGGGGAGAAAAAUAGUUGCUUCAGAACAGUUUGGGCGAGAAGACUCUGUCUCUCCAGGAGAAGGAGAAACCAGUGUCACACAACUAAUCUGUAAUUGUAGAUCCAGCUCCUUUGCCCAUGGAACGCCACAAUGUGGUAUGGAAGCUCUCCAGUGAACUGUAAGCAUUGUAAUUUAACUGCCUGUAAAAGUCCCUGAGGUUUGUGUCUAAACCAGCGUAGCCUCAACUAAGGACACUCUGCCAUUUCAUUAUAUAUAAUUAUUGAGUAUUUUUCCAAAUGCGACUUUCUUUACCCGAAGUCCUGUUAUUUCUUUCGCCCAGUAUAAAAACAUUUUUAAAAACUUACUGCCUUUGCAACUUGCUACGCUGCCAAGUAUUAUUGUACAAUUAUUUAACUCUUUCUGAGGGACACUGUUAUUUUAUUUUGUAUCGUCCAUUAUCAGCAACUUUCGCAAAGGUCCAAAAUCUAGUCUUUUCCAGUUGGAAACCACAAACCUCGCUCUCAAAAGCCAACCCAGCUUCAGACAUUCUCAGUGGAGGGACCACUAACCAUAGAGUUCGUCAUUUGGCCAGUAUAUAAAUCUCUGUAGUUUUCCGAUCACAUCAGACCGCUCCACGUGGCCCUUACGCAGUACGUCAAGAUAAUUAAUUAAUGAUUACCUAAUGCUUUCCUU